UAGGUAGAGCAGAACCCGCUGCCUCCCCUUUAUGAUGCAGUGAAUCCGCGCUGCGUUAUGUCCGCUAUAUAAACUGCACACAGCGCCUCAGCUCUCAGCUUCAGCGGACAGCUCCGUGGUGCUGAAAUCUCAGAGCCUCCACUCUCUCUCAUACACACUCUCAAACAUGACUGGAACCAUGGACGCGUCCCCUUGGAAACUUUUUCUACUUUCUUGCCUGAUUGUUUUGGAGAGCUCCGCGCAAGACUUCGGACAGACGCAGUUUAUUUGCACGUCGGUGCCCAAGGGAAUGGACUUGUGCACGGCCACGAUGCAGAACAGCGGGCCGGCGGAGGACCUGAAGACUACGGUCAUGCAGCUGCGGGAGACCGUGCUGCAGCAAAAGGAGACCAUUAUGAACCAAAAGGAGACAAUCAGGGAACUAACGUCCAAGUUGAGUCGCUGUGAGAGCCAGAGCUUGCCGGUGGGACCCGGCGGGAAGCGGCCGGGGUCGAAGAACACGAUGGGAGAUGUAUCUCGGGGCACCACGGACACUCUGGCCCAGCUGGGACAGACUUUACAGACCCUCAAACAGAGACUGGAGAACCUAGAGCAAUACAGCAGAGGGAAUAACACCGUGCAAGCGAACAGCCUGAAAGAUUUGCUGCAAAACAAGAUAGAUGAUAUGGAGAAGCAGGUUCUGUCCCGGGUCAACACGUUAGAGGAAACCAAACCGGGCGCCAGGAAUGACACCGAGCAGCGGAACAGAGUGGAGACCACGCUCACUACUCUGCACCACCGCAUCACAGACCUGGAGAAAGGCAAAGACAACAGGCCAACAGAUAAAUUCCAGCUGACCUUCCCUCUGAGAACCAACUACAUGUACGCCAAAGCCAAAAGGAGCCUUCCUGAGAUGUAUUCCUUCAGCGUGUGCCUGUGGAUCAAGUCCAACGCUUCGCCUGGGGUGGGGACACCUUUCUCCUACGCAGUCCCGGGUCAGGCCAAUGAGCUGGUGCUGAUCGAGUGGGGGAACAACCCCAUGGAGAUUCUCAUUAAUGAUAAGGUCGCAAAAUUGCCGUUCCUCAUCAACGAUGGAAAAUGGCAUCACCUCUGCAUCACGUGGACCACCCGCGACGGGAUGUGGGAGGCCUUCCAGGACGGGGUGAUGCGGGGAAGCGGUGAAAAUCUAGCACCGUACCACCCCAUCAAACCGGAAGGAGUGCUGGUCCUGGGACAAGAGCAGGACACAUUGGGAGGAGGCUUUGAUGCAACACAAGCCUUCGUCGGCGAAUUAGCAAACUUAAAUAUCUGGAAUAGGAAACUUUCUAUCGCCGAGAUCUACAACUUGGCAACCUGCAACAGCAAAGCGUCAGCCGGCAACGUCUUCUCCUGGACGGAGAACAACAUCGAAAUAUUCGGUGGAGCGACCAAAUGGACCUUCGAGCCUUGUCGUUCGCUCAACUGAACUGAGUUUCACCGUUCAAGAAAGGCCUCUCUGUAUUUCUGAGCUUUUGUCGUUCUCGUCUUCAUUUGACGUUUGUUAGAGACUAUUUGAUCUUGAGUUAGUGGUAAGCUUAAAUCUGGGAUUUCUAUCAUUCUUAGGUAUUUAUGUGCAAAACAACACUUUUCAUCAUGAGGAAAAAAAAAAAUCGUCUUGGGAAACCUCAGUGAGAAAGUAUUGGUAUCUGUUUUCUCCUUUUUUUUUUCUCUCGGACGUUUGGUUGAAAGCACACCUAAGCUUUUCGUUUUGGCUUAUCUCGUCUUGGACUGGCAGCUGGCAAUCUGCGCCUUAUGUUUGGACAAUUCACAAUCCAAGUGAGGAAUUACAUAACCACUCCCACCCCCUUUCACUUCGGAGAGUGGGAGAUUACGCUGUCCAUCCAAUUCUUGUCAGUGUUUGGCGCUGUGAAGUGAUGUCUGACUCGGUACAGCUCCCUGCAACCGCCCCACACCCCACCCCCUUACCCCCCCUAUCCUCCUUCACUCCUUCACCCCCGCCCCUCCGGAACUUGCACUGUGACUGACGAAGAAGAAGAAGAAGAUGAAGAAGAAGAACGCCAGGAGAGGAGGGUAUGUUGAAGGACACUGCAAAGUCAGACUGUGGUACAAGUCAAUUUGUAAUCGUUGUUCGCUUCCAGUGUUUCUGUAAGAAUGUCGUUAACUUGCCAACAUUGCUACAAAGCCUGGGUGCCUUGGGCUGGUACAAAUAUUCAGCACAUUCAGUAUGUUUUAAGUUGCAAAUUAAAUGUUAAUUGGUUUCUUUUUUUUCUCUCUCUCUUCUUUGUUUCUUUUGAGCCGGGUUGAGUUUCUUGUUCCUCUGGUAAAUGUAAUUUAAUUACAGUUUGUUAUCUGACAUAAUGUGUUUUUGGCAGGUGUUUGUACUACUCUGUAUUAGGAAUGUUACAGUAUCUGUAUAGUAACAGCAUGAAUGACAGAGUGCUGUGAAAGCAUUGUUGAAAUCUGCUUUACUAUCUUCUCUGGGUCUGGGUUUUUUACUGUAUUGUUAUAUGCUCCAAGCAUGGCAAAACUGAGAGAUGAAGAAUUUAAUUUUUGUAAUAAAAUUGUGAU